AUGCUUGCUCACCUGCGCUUCCGUUGUGUCUCCUUCAAAAUCUCACCACUGGUUGGGGCCCGUUUCACAAGCCACGGACCUUCUACUGCAGGCAGGUUCCUCUUGAGUGCUGCUCGUGUGCACUGCAACGCACUUGGAGAGGGCGGGCGUGGGGGUCACCACUGUUCCCUCACGCGCCUUGCUGUGACUCACCGUGCUCUAGCCUCCUUUCCUCCGCGCUGCUCUCCUGUGCAGGUCACUCGGGUUCAAGGAGUAGGGCUGCUGGACGGGGGGCAGCAAGCAGGCAAGCACCGCAGGCAGCAUCACCGUCGCCCCCAUGUGUCAAGCACCUGGCGGCAGCACAAGGCAACCACAUCGGCAGAUAAGUGCUUGCUUCUUAGUGCACCCGUCCUAGCAUCCCACAUCAUGCCCCGCUCCCCUUCUCCCUCAUUCGUUCAUCAAAUCGAGGCCACUGCUGGCAGCACACGCCCUGCUCUGAGCAGCGCACGAGCCGGGCUGCAGUGGGUGGGACACGCCAUGCCAUGCCUGCUGCCUCUGCUCCUUCAACCGCCCACGCUGCUUCAACUGCCUGCUGCUCUCACGCCAUCAGCUAAGUGCCCCUUCCUCCCAUAUCUUCUAUUUGGCCCCUCCUAUCUUCCUGAUUUGGCAGCUUCUGGUGUUUCCCUUGUGCUUGUGGCCAUUCCAUGCGCACUCACUGCUGCUCUGUGUCUGUGCCUUGCUGGUGGAGGGGAGGGGCGUGGGGUCAACACCGACGCUCCCUCACGCCUCUCCCCUGUGGCCGUGCAGGUGGCAGUGGUGGGAGGGGAGGGGGCAACACUCCACUCGGCUGGGAUGGGACGGGAGAGUAUUGGGUUUGGGUCUCCUGAACGAGUGCCUAGUGCAACCGAGGCUGUAGCAGGGAGGCAGAGGGCGGCAGGAGGGAAGCAGGGGGGCAGCAGGAGGGAGAGUAUGGGCUGGUCGCUCACACGGGAGUGGCAGUGGCGGAGGACAUGGAGUGCACAGGCAGCCGCUGCUCUCCACCCAACCUUCACCCAGCUAAGUCCCUGCCCUGCUGUUCUUAUCCCAGUUCUCCCUCUUGAGUUCGUUUGCUUUCCAUGUUCGCCCUUGCUGCUGCGCCUGUCUCUCGUCUCUUCAAGUGCAUGCCUCUGGUUGAGCCAAUGCUUCAAGCCUCAGUCCCUUUUUCUUGGGUAUACCCCCCCUCCUCCCCCUCCCCCCGGUAUAGCAGCUGAGGCUGAACCAGAGGACCCCUCCCCUCUUGCUUGUUGUGCAUCUGCCCUCCUCCUUCACCCCUCGCCUCUCCACCAGUCACUCACUCUUUCUCCGUGGGCCAUUGCAGGUACCCACGGGGAUGGGGAGGAGGCAGCACUGCAGCGGACUGAAAUGGUGCUGCUAGGGAGAGUAUCGGGAUGGGUUUGGCCCCUCAAGCCUGAGGGUGGGAGCACUGGAGCAAGGGCGGGAGAGUGGAGUCCACACUUUGACUCACCUCCUCCUCUCUCCCUUCUCCCUUCCCUCCCAGCAGCACCCUGCCUGGACCACAGUGAAGUCCCGCCCUCCCCUAAUCCCCCACUCCCCACUUUCCAGCAGCCUCACCAUCAUGGCGCUCUGCAUGGCUCUGGUAGGUACAGUUCCCUCCCUCAGUUCCUUCAAUCAGUUCCCUCCCUCAAUUCCUUCCCUCAGCUCCUUCCCUCAGUUCCCUCCCUCAGUUCUCUCCCUCAGUUCCCUCCCUCAGUUCCCUCCCUCGGUUCCCUCCCUCGGUUCCCUCUCUCAGUUCUUUCCCUUAGUUCCUUCCCUCAGUUCCCUCCCUCGUGUUUUUCUACCUCUUUAUCCUCCCCUGCUACCUCUCUCUCCGUUUUCUGCCUCUGUCCCCUCUCUGUUUCCCCCUCUCUGUUUUCAACCCUCUAUCGCCUCCUCUGUUUCAUCCUCCUGUUUCCUUCACUGUCACAAACUCUGUUUUCCUCUCCUUGUGUCCUCUCUGUAUCUUUCCUUUGUCACUUCCCUCUGUCUCAUGAGGGCAAGAUGCUCAUGUUUGGUGGCACAUGA